AUGAGAACAUCCUUUUUAACCCUUCCAAAAUCUUUUUUGGGGUUUAUGCCACUGUAUCUUGCCGUUGAGAUUGUUUUAGGUAUCUCCAUUCUGAAUAAAUGCAGUGGUGCUUAUGGUAUUUUAGCAUUGUUCACAGGCCAUCCGUUAGAUUUCAUGCAGUGGGUAGCGUAUCUUUGGUCGGUGUUUACGUUAAUCGUAUUUUCACAGGGGCUAUACUUGAUUCACAAGCCAAACUUGCUGGUUUUUUCCCAAAUAUGCAUCCUUUAUACAGUUGAUACCAUUUUCACUUGUUUUUUUACUCUAUGGUUUACCACGCAGUGGUUCACUUUGGAGAAUCCUACUGACUUUGGUUCCAUUGCCAACAGUACUGCAGAUACCGCUUUACGGACUAAUGGUCUCAGCCCAAUAAUGGCCGGCAAGCUAACAGCACGUAGUGCUGAUAAAAGUGGACAAAGUGCGACUGAAAACUACGAGUAUUCUAUCACUAUUUUUAUUACGUUGGCAUCAUUGAUAUUCAGAUUCUACUUCAAUCUAAUCCUGGGGUCCUUCGUUCAAGAGUUACUGCAUCAUCCCAAAUAUUUAGUUGAUAGAGAUGAUGUGGAGCAGGACCUGAAAAAUAAGCCUAUUUGGAAACGGCUUUGGGCCAAAAGCCAAAAGAGCUGCUACAGACUAUGUAAAAAUUUACUAGAGUAA